GGGGCGUAGCCGUGACGCACGUUAACCGACGCCAGGGAGCUGCAUAUAUACCGCAGCCCUUGGCCGUUUGAGACACAUCUUCACUGACUUUCGUUCUGGACACUUCUCUGGCACAAAGACGAAGCUGAAAAUGUCUCCAAACAUGACUUGUGAAGCUCUGCAGUCUUUUUCUCCAAAGCUAACUGUGGCCAAAAGAAAAGAGGCUCUUGAGCUCAGAAAGACAAUGAAACCUUUGAUGGAAAAAAGGAGGCGCGCCCGUAUCAACGACAGCCUGAACCAUCUGAAAAACCUCAUCCUCCCCCUCACAGGCAGAGAUAAGACUCGCUACUCCAAGCUUGAAAAAGCCGACAUCCUGGAAAUGACUGUGAGGUUCCUCAGCGACAUUCCUCCUGUUAACACCAAAAAUUCCGCAAACAGCUACAAGGAGGGCUACAAAGCCUGCCUCCAGCGCGUCUCAACUCUGCUCCCCAAAACGAGCUUGGAUCAAGACGCCUGUCAGCGGGUGAACGAAUUCGUCCAGCAGUCCAUGUCCUCCACCGUCACACCAACCUGCCUGAACUGCUGCGCUCAGAGCUCCAGGACUCUCCCUCAGAUCCAGCAGAAACUCCUGAGCCUCAAAUCCAGCUUCAGCUCCAGACUGGAGAGCCUGUCCCGCAGCAGCAGCGGCGCAGUUGCUCCCAGACGAGCGCAGCCAGGCCCGCAGGCUGUCAACGCAGCCAUGUGGAGACCUUGGUAGAUUUCUUCAGUUUUCAGUUUCUUCCAAAAGCCUGUGAAAACUGUGAAGUGUUUCAUAUGUAGGCAGCAUGUUGAGAUAGCAUCACUUGUAAAUAUACACAGUGAUUGAUGAAAGCCAGAAUUCAUCGUUAAAUCGUAUUGGUUGAGUAUUAUAUACUUACGCUCUGCGCACGAGUCUGUUGUCCUGUUUAAGUUGACAAGUUUAGACGGUCGUAUUUUCUUAAAUCUGCAUGUAUGUAUACGGUAAAUAUUUAGUCCUCUCCGCGGACUAAGUGAUGAAGGGCCAUUGAAACAGCCCUGUAA